AUGUUGUUCUUUUAUGAUGGGUUUGUGUGGGUCGCUUGGUUCAAGAAGGUCAUUAUAAAAGGGUCCAUUCACAACUACUGGACAACUAAACCAAGCAGCUCCUACUCAUGGCUAGCCAACAAACUCCUCAAUCUAAAAAAUGAAAUCUUCCCACUCAUCAAAUUGCGGCUGGAGAAUGGUGUCUCUGCUAAAUUUUGGUUUGAUAACUGGACUCCCUUUGGAAGCCUUUCGACUUUCCUCAGUAACUCCUCAUCAAAAUCAGGUAUUCAUGAAAAAGCUUAUGUAGCCUCACAAUGUAGGAAUGGAAUUUGGCUGCUUCCACCUGCAAGAACAGAAGAACAAGUUCAAUUACAGACAUACUUCACUACCGUCACUCUCACUCAGGCUCAGUACUGCUAUGAAUGGGAGCUGGAAGGUAAACCUACUCAGACUUAUAGCAUCCGAGAUGUUUACACUUACUUGAGAGGAGAAAUCAAUUAUGUGAUUUGGUCUUCCUAUGAGAUCCGAAGACACAACUUCCUUGUUUGGUUGGUAAUCCAAAACCGAGGUCCAACUAAAGAGAAAAUACUCGGAUGGAGCUUUCAGGUUUCGCUUUCAGUUUUGAUCUUUGGUCCUUGGCUGCUUCACGGUGUAGGAUCACCCCCACUAGAGAUUGGAACGAUACAGUCUCUUAGAUGA